GUAUGUAGAGCCCAAAAGAAAAACUAUGUUCUCUCAGUCCCUUAUUUCUUCUCCUCCAUUAAUGGGCUAUAAAGCUUUAUAAAAUUCUCUUCUCUCUCUCUCUCUCUCUUUAAUUUUGUUUUUCUUUUUUCAGGAAAGGAAAAGAACAAAAGCUACAUUACAGUACACAUCACAUCUUCUACUUCUGGCGCCAUUUACACUCUCUGUCUUUGUUCAAACUUCACUCUCCAACUUUCCAUUCUUUUUUCCUCUUCUACUUCUAGAAAACAAUCACAUCUCUCUACUUUUCCAUGGAGGAAAAAGAAAGCACGGUUUCUGGGUCGCCAAUGGGUUCGGAGACUGACUCACCCCAACCAGUAAGUAGCAUGGUAGCAGUAGAGCCACCACCGCAGCAGGUGAUGAUGAAUAUAAACAUGAACAUGGGUGCUCCUGGAGAGAACGUGAUGAUCCUGGAGAGAAGCAGCAAUGUAAGUGCAACAACAGCAGCAUCUAUAGCAAGUAGCGGAGGGUCAGGAGGAGGAGGAGGAGGUAAUAAUAAUAAUAAUAGUCUGGAUUUGUUUGGGAAAAAGAAAAGAGGCAGGCCAAGAAAAUAUGAUUCAGAAGGAAACUUAAGAGUGCAGCCAUUUAAUCAUUAUCAAGCAGUUUCUGCAGCAACAGGAGCACUAACAUCACCACCGCCAACAACACCUGCCUUCUCUUUUUCUCCUUCUCCUCCUGAUCAUGGCUUCAACUCUUCUUCAAAAAGAGGUAGAGGUAGACCUCCCGGGUCUGGUAACUGGCAGCUUCUUGCUUCUUUAGGAGAGUUAUUUGCAAACACAGCAGGAGGGGACUUCACUCCUCACGUGGUAACUGUGAAUACUGGAGAGGAUGUGGCAGGAAAAAUUCACUCAUUUGCUCAAAAGGGUCCUAGAGGAAUAUGUAUUCUAUCUGCCAAUGGAGCUGUUUCUAACGUUACCAUUCGCCAACCGGGUUCCUCUGGUGGUAUUUUGACUUAUGAGGGCCGUUUUGAGAUCCUUUCAUUAUCUGGGUCAUUCACAGUCAGUGAAAAUGGUGGUGUAAGAAGUAGGACUGGUGGACUGAGUGUUUCCUUGGCUAGUCCUGAUGGUCGUGUAAUAGGUGGUGGCAUUGCAGGACUAUUGUUAGCAGCUAGCCCCAUCCAAAUUGUUAUGGGCAGCUUCAUGCCAAAUGGUUACAAGGUACACAAGAAGAAGCACCAUCGCGAAAAUACUGUGAUUCGAGGUACUCAAGGUGUAGUUUCAGAGGCAAGUCCAAUCUCACAGGCAAAACCUAAUGGUGAGACAUGUUUGAUAUCCGCAUCUCCAGUGCCAGAACAGAGCCAUGGAGGAACAGAAAAUAGUGCAAAUGACCAGCAAAUACCAAAUGCUACCAACUCUUUAAGUGUCUGUUGGAAUGGAUCAGAACCCACAUCUGAUCAAAGGCCAUCUCCUGACAUCAAUGUAUCUGUCCUUAACGAAGAAGAUGUACAAGGUGUACUUUGAGAAAUUGGAGGCUGAUAAGACAAUAGAAAGAAGCAAAUUCUAUUUGCAAUUAUUGUUUUAACAUUUAUCCACAGGAUAUUCUAAUCUUGCAUCAUAGUUAGAUUAGGACAUGUAGUACUGCUUAUUGCAAUGUUAAAUGGAGUUUCUAAUCCAAAACACUGAUCAUAAUGACUACAGAUACUUCUCUAAUUUGCAAUUUGGAUCGUUAUGUUA